AUGCCCUCUGCAUCUUUAUUAGUAAAUCUUCUUUCUGCUUUCCUCAUCCCUUUUGUACUUGGAGAAACAGAAAUACGGUUUGCUGGACAAACAGAAUUUGUUGUUAAUGAAACAAGCACAACAGUCAUUCGUCUUGUCAUUGAAAGGGUAGGAAAGCCAGCUAAUAUCACUGCAAUUGUAUCGCUGCAUGGAGAAGACACUAAAGACUUUUUUGACACAUAUGCUGCAGCUUUCAUACCUGUGGGAGAAACAAAUAGGACAGUGUACAUCGCGGUAUGUGAUGAUGACCUACCAGAACCCGAUGAAACUUUCAUCUUCCACUUGACAUUACAAAAACCUUCAGCUAACGUGAAGCUUGGCUGGCCAAGGACUGUUACUGUGACAGUAUUAUCAAAUGACAAUGCCUUUGGGAUCAUUUCAUUUACUAUGCCUUCGCCAGUCACAGUGAGUGAGCCCAGGGGCAGAAAUGAGUCUGUGCCUCUUAUUCUCAUCAGGGAAAAGGGGACCUAUGGAAUGGUCACUGUGACUUUUGAGAUAGAGGAUGGCCCAAAUGCCCCUGAUGAAGACGUAAGCCCAGUUAGAGGAAAUAUCACUUUUCCCCCUGGCAGAGCAACAGUCAUUUAUAACUUGACAGUUCUUGAUGAUGAGGUGCCAGAAAAUGAUGAGAUAUUUUUGAUUCACCUGAAAAAGGUAGAAGGAGGAGCGGAGAUUAAUAUCACUAGGAAUUCAGUUGAGAUCAUCAUCAAGAAAAAUGAUGGCCCUGUGAGGUUCAUUCAGAGUGUCUAUUUGGUACCUGAGGAAAACCAUAUACUUUCUAUUCCAGUGGUUCGUGGGAAGGAUAGCAAUGGAAAUCUGAUUGGAUCUGAUGAAUAUGAAGUUUCAAUGCAAUACACAGUUCUAACUGGGAAUUCAACAGUACAUGCUCAGCAAAACUUGGACUUCAUUGAUCUUCAGCCAAACACAACCAUUCUUUUCCCACCUUUUAUUUAUGAAGCGCAUCUGCAAUUUCAAAUAAUUGACGACACUAUACCAGAGAUUGCCGAGUCAUUUCACAUUAUGUUACUAAAGAGUACCUUGCAGGGGGAUGCUGUGCUAACAGGCCCUCAGAGUAUACAAGUCACCAUCAAGCCGAAUGACAAACCUUAUGGAGUCCUCUCAUUCAAUAGUAUUUUGUUUGAAAAAGCAAUUGUAAUUAAUGAAGACACAACAUCAAGAUUUGAAGAGAUCACAGUGGUUAGAAAUGGCGGCACCCAUGGCAAUGUGUCUGUGAGCUGGGUGCUGACACGGAACAGCAGUGAUCCCUCACCAGUGACAGCAGAUAUCAGACCUAGCUCCGGCCUUCUCCAUUUUGCACAAGGGCAGAUGUUGGCAUCGAUUCCUCUUGCCGUUGUUCAUGAUGAGUUCGCAGAGGAGGCUGAAGCUUUUCUGCUUAAAAUUCUGCCUCAUACGAUACAAGGAGGUGCGGAAGUGAGCGAGCCAGCAGAGCUUUUAUUCUACCUUCAGGAUAGUGAUGAUGUUUAUGGCCUCAUAACAUUUUUUCCUAUGGAAAACCAGAAGAUUGAAAGCAGUCCAGAGGAACGCUAUUUGUCUUUGAGUUUUACGAGACUAGGAGGAACCAAAGGAGAUGUGAGGAUGCUUUAUUCUGCACUGUACAUUCCCACAGGAGCUGUGGACCCCUUGAGAGGGAAAGAUGGCAUCUUAAAUACUUCUAGGAGAAACUACCUCAUUUUUCCAGAACAUAAAACACAAAUUGCUACAAAAUUACCAAUAAGAAAUGAUGCAUUCCUUCAAAAUGGGGCCCACUUCCUAGUACAGUUGGAAACUGCAGUGUUGGUGAACAUAUUUCCCCCAAUCCCACCUAUAAGUCCCAGAUUUGGACAAAUUCGAAAUAUUACAUUACUAGUUACUCCGGCCAUUGCAAAUGGAGAAAUUGGCUUUAUUAGCAACCUUCCAAUCAUUUUACAUGAACCAGAAGAGUCUACUGCUGAAAUGGUGUACAUUCCCUUACAUCGUGAUGGAACUGAUGGCCAAGCUACUGUCUACUGGAGUUUGAAGCCCUCUGCCUUUAAUUCAAAAGUGGUAACCAUGGAUGAUUUGGAUCCCUUUAAUGGCUCUGUUGUAUUUUUAUCUGGUCAAAGUGAUACAACAAUCAACAUUACUGUCAAGGGUGAUGACAUACCGGAAAUGAAUGAAACUCUCACACUUUCUCUAGACAGGGCCAACGUGGAAAAUCAAGUGCUAAAAUCUGGAUAUACUAGUCGCGACCUAGUUAUUUUGGAAAAUGAUGAUCCUGGGGGAGUUUUUGAAUUUUGUCCUGCUUCCAGAGGACCCUAUGUCAUAAAGGAAGGAGAAGCUGUAGAGCUCCACAUCAUGCGUUCCAGGGGAGCUCUGGUAAAACAGUUCCUGCACUACAGAGUGGAGCCACGAGAUGGUGAAUUCUACGGGAACAUGGGGGUCUUAGAAUUUAAGCCCGGCGAAAGAGAAAUAGUGAUCACCUUACUGACCAGACUGGAUGGCAUACCAGAGUUGGACGAGCACUAUUGGGUGGUUCUCAGCAGCCAUGGUGAAAGGGAGAGCAAACUGGGAAGCGCGACAGUCGUCAACAUAACAAUUCUAAAAAAUGAUGAUCCUCACGGGAUUAUAGAAUUUGUUUCUGAUGGUAUAACUAUGAUGAUAAAUGAAAGCAAAGGAGAUGAUACCUACAGUGCUAUUUAUGGUGUGGUAAGAAAUCAAGGCAACUUUGGUGAUGUUAAUGUAUCGUGGGUGGUUAGUCCAGACUUUACACAAGAUGUAUUUCCUGUACAAGGGACUAUUUUCUUUGGAGAUCAGGAAUUUUCAAAAAAUAUUACUGUCUACUCCCUUCCAGAUGAGAUUCCCGAGGAAAUGGAAGAAUUUACCAUUAUCUUGCUUAAUGCCACUGGGGGAGCUCAAGUAGGGAACAGAACGACUGCCACCCUGAGGAUUGGAGGAAACGAUGACCCCAUCUACUUUGCAGAGCCUCGAGUGGUAAGGGUUCAGGAAGGUGAGACCGCCAACUUUACAGUUCUCAGGAAUGGAUCUGUGGAUGUUACCUGCACUGUCCAAUAUGCUACAAGGGAUGGAAAGGCUACCGAAAAAGAGGGAGACUUUGUUCUUGCUGGAAAAGGAGGAGUCCUUGCUUUUGAGACUGAAAGUAGAGAGCAGAGCCUAUCUGUAUACAUUAAUGAGGAUGGCAUUCCAGAAACAGAGGAGCCCUUUUAUAUAAUGCUCUUUAAUUCAACAGGUGAUACUGUAAUAUAUCAGUAUGGAAUAGCUACAGUCAUAAUUGAAGCCAAUGAUGACCCAAAUGGUAUUUUUUCCCUGGAGCCUAUUGACAAAACAGUGGAAGAAGGAAAGACUAAUGCAUUUUGGAUUUUGAGGGAUCGUGGACACUUUGGUGAUGUUUCUCUGGCCUGGCAGCUGUUUCAGAAUGAUUCUGUUCUGCAGCCUGGACAGGAGUUUUAUGAAACCUCAGGAACUGUUAACAUUAUGGAUGGAGAAGGAGCAAAGCCAAUAAUUAUUCAUGCCUUUCCAGAUAAAAUUCCAGAAUUCAAUGAAUUUUAUAUCCUGAAGCUUGUGAAUAUUUCAGGUGGAUCUCCAGGUCCUGGGGGCCAAUUAGCAGAAGCCAACCUUCAGGUGACAGUAAUGAUUCCAUUCAAUGAUGAUCCCUUUGGAAUUUUCAUCUUGGAUCCAGAGUGUUUGGAGAGAGAAGUGUCUGAGGAUUUCCUCUCUGAAGAUGAGCUGUCAUACAUUACCAACUUCACUGUUUUGAGGCAACAGGGUAUCUUUGGUGAUGUACGAGUAGGCUGGGAAAUCCUGUCCAGUGCAUUCAAUGCUGGUUUGCCACCAAUGAUAGAUUUUUUACUGGUUGGAAUUUUCCCUAGCACUGUGCCUUCACAGCCACACAUGCGGCGCCACCACAGUGGAACAGAUGCUUUGUACUUCAGUGGACUCGAAGGUGCAUUUGGAACUGUUAAUCCAAAAUACCACCCCUCCAGGAAUAGCACAAUUGCAAACUUUACGUUUUCUGCCUGGGUAAUGCCCAAUGCCAAUACAAGUGGAUUUAUUCUAGCAAAGGAUGAUGGUAAUGGGGGUAUUUACUAUGGGGUAAAAAUCCAAACGAAUGAAUCCCAUGUGACACUUGCCCUUCAUUACAAAACUUCAGGAUCCAAUGCUACCUACAUUGCCAAGACAACAGUCGUGAAAUAUUUAGAAGAAGGCAUUUGGCUUCAUCUUCUAAUUAUCCUGGAUGAUGGUAUAAUUGAAUUUUACAUGGAUGGAAAUGCAAUGCCCAAAGGAAUCAAGAGUCUCAAAGGAGAAGCUAUUACUGAUGGUCCUGGAAUACUGAGAAUUGGGGCAGGAAUGAAUGGCAAUGACAGAUUUUCAGGUCUGAUGCAGGACGUGAGGGCCUAUGAACGUAAACUGACCCUUGAAGAAAUUCACGAACUUCAUGCUAUGCCUGCAAAGAAUGAUUUACACCCUGUUUCUGGAUAUCUGGAAUUCAGACAGGGAGAGACUGAGAAAUCAUUCAUUGUUUCUGCAAGAGAUGACAAUGAAGAGGAGGGAGAGGAAAUAUUUAUUCUUAAAAUAGUCUCCGUGUAUGGAGGAGCUUAUAUUUCUGAAGAAAACAGCACAGCAAGACUAAUAAUACAAAAAAGUGACAAUGCCAAUGGCCUGUUUGGUUUCACAGGAGCUUGUAUACCAGAGACUGUAGAAGAGGGAGCCACAGUUUCCUGUGUGGUAGAGCGGACCAGGGGAGCGCUGGGCUCUGUGCAUGUAUUCUACACCAUCUCCCAGAUCCAGUCUGGGGGCAGUGAUUACCUCGUGGAUGAUUUCACCAAUGCCAGUGGAAACAUCACAUUUCUUCCUUGGCAGAGAUCUGAGGUCCUAAACUUACAUGUUCUCGAUGAUGACAUUCCUGAGCUGAAUGAAUAUUUCCAGGUAACCCUGGUGUCGGCUGUUCCUGGAGAUAGGAAAUUGGGUUCAACUCCCACCAGUGGGGCGAGCAUAGAUCCUGAAAAGGAAACCACAGAUAUCACCAUCAAAGCCAGCGAUCAUCCAUAUGGUCUGCUGCAGUUCUCCACAGGGCUGCCUCCUCAGCCUGAGGAUGCGAUGAGCCGGCCUGCAAGCAGCAUGCCCCAACUUACUGUUCAAGAAGAGGAUGGAGCAGUCAGGCUGCUGGUGGUCCGGACCCUAGGACUCCUGGGGAGGGUGACUGCUGAGUACAGGACCCUGUCUUUGACAGCAUUCAGUCCUCAGGAUUACCAGAGUGUAGAUGGCACACUGGAAUUUCAACCAGGAGAAAGAUAUAAGUACAUUUUUGUCAACAUCACUGAUAAUUCUGUCCCUGAAUUGGAAAAAUCUUUUAAAGUUGAGUUGUUAAAUUUGGAGGGAGGAGUGCCCGAGCUCUUUAGGGUUGAUGGCAGUGGUAGUGGAGAUGGGGACGUGGAAUUCUUCAUUCCGCCUAUUCACAGACGUGCCAGUCUAGGAGUGGCAUCCCAGAUUCUAGUGACAAUUGCAGCCUCUGACCAUGCUCAUGGAGUGUUUCAGUUUAGUCCGGAGUCGCUCUCUGUCAAUGGAACUGAACCAGAAGAUGGGCACAGCACUGUUUUAUUAACUGUUCAGAGGAGUCAUGGAGCUCUAUCGCAGGUGACUUUGCACUGGAACAUAGACUCCGAUCCUGAUGGGGACCUUGCCCUCACCUAUGGCAACACUACUUUUGAAAUUGGAGAGAUGAAGGCCCACAUCACUGUGGAAAUAUUACCGGAUGACAUUCCAGAACUGGACAAAGCAUUCUCUGUGUCAAUCCUUCGUGUCUCUAGUGGGUCUUUGGGAGUUCUUACUAAUGCCACAUUAAUAGUCUUGGCUAGUGAUGAUCCUUAUGGAGUAUUCAUUUUUUCGGAGGAAAAUAAACCUACUAAAAUUGAGGAGGCAACUCAGAAUAUCACACUGUCAAUAACUAGGUUGAAAGGCCUCAUGGGAGAAGUCAUUGUGUCAUAUGCAACUCUAGAUGACAUGGAAAGACCACCUUACUUUCCACCAAAUUUAGCUAGAGCAACUCAAGGGAAAGACUAUACAUCAGCUUCUGGAUUUGCUGUUUUCAAAGCUAAUCAGUCAGAGGCAACAAUAACUAUUUCAAUUUUGGAUGAUGAAGAACCAGAAAGAUCAGAAUCUGUGUUUAUUGAACUACUCAAUUGUACUUUAUUGGAGAAAGUACAGAACCGUCCAAUUCAAGAUUCUCCUCGUCUUGGUCCCAAAGCAGAAACCAUAGCCCAUGUAAUUAUCAUUGCCAAUGAUGAUGCGUUUGGAACUCUUCAGCUCUCAGCACCUCUUGUUCAUGUGGCAGAAAAUCACAUUGGACCCAUUGUCAAUGUGACUAGAACAGGAGGAGCCUUUGCAGAUGUUUCUGUGAAGUUCAAAGCUGUGCCAAUAACUUCAAUUGCUGGUGAAGAUUAUAGUAUAGCUUCUUCAGAUGUGGUCUUGUUAGAAGGGGAGACCAGUAAAGCUGUGCCAAUUUAUAUCAUUAAUGACAUCUACCCUGAGCUGGAAGAAACUUUUCUCGUGCAACUGCUAAAGGAAACAACAGGAGGAGCCAAGCUAGGGGCUGUAACAGAAGCAGUGAUUAUUAUUGAGGCUUCUGAUGACCCCUACGGACUGUUUGAAUUUCAGAUUACUAAACUUAUUGUAGAGGAAUCUGAGUUUAACUCAGUGAAGGUAAACCUGCCAAUAAUUCGAAAUUCUGGGACACUCGGCAAUGUUACUGUUCAGUGGGUUGCCACCAUUAAUGGACAGCUUGCUACUGGCGACCUGCGAGUUGUCUCAGGUAAUGUGACCUUUGCCCCUGGGGAAACCAUUCAAACCUUGUUGUUAGAGGUCCUGGCUGACGACGUUCCGGAGAUUGAAGAGGUUAUUCAAGUGCAGCUCACUGAUGCCUCUGGUGGAGGUACUAUUGGGUUGUAUCGAGUGGCAAGCAUUGUUAUUCCUGCCAAUGAUAAUCCAUAUGGUACAGUAGCCUUUGUUCAGCCGGUUUAUCGUAUUCAAGAGCCUCUGGAGAGAAGUUCCCGUGCUAACAUAACUGUCAGGCGAAGUGGUGGGCACUUUGGUCGGCUGUUGCUCUUCUACAGUACUUCUGAUAUUGAUGUAGUGGCUCUUGCAGUUGAGGAAGGUCAAGAUUUACUAUCCUAUUAUGAGUCACCAACUCAAGGGGUGCCUGACCUGCUCUGGAGAACUUGGGUGAACAUCUCAGCCCCGGGGAAACCCCAGGAUACCUGUGCAACUUUGUGCCUCAGAGAGCAUGCUUGCUUAGCAUUUUCAUUUUCCAGUGCUUCUGAGGGUCCCCAGUGUUUUUGGAUGACAUCAUGGGUCAGUCUAACUGUCAACAAUUCAGACUUCUGGACCUACAAGAAAAACAUGAGCAGGGUAGCAUCUCUUUUCAGUGGUCAGGCGGUGGCUGGUACUGACUACGAGCCUAUGACAAGGCAGUGGGCCAUCAUGCUGGAGGGUGAUGAAUUUGCAAACCUCACAGUUUCUAUUCUUCCUGAUGAUUUUCCAGAGAUGGAUGAGAGCUUCCUAAUUUCUCUUCUUGAAGUUCACCUCAUCAAUACCACAGCCAGUUUUAAAAACCAGCCAACCAUUGGACAGCCAAAUACUUCUGCAGUUGUCAUAGCCCUAAAUGGCGAUGCCUUCGGAGUGUUUGUUAUCUACAGCAUCAGUCCUAACACCUCAGAAGAUGGCUUCUUUGUUGAAGUGCAGGAACAGCCACAAACCUCUGUGGAGUUUGUGAUCCACAGAACCGGGGGCAGCUUAGGCCAGGUGACAGUUGAAUGGCGUGUGGUUGGGGGAACAGCUACUGAAGGCUUAGAUUUCAUAGGUGCUGGAGAAUUCCUAACUUUUGCUGAAGGUGAAACAAAAAGGACAGCAACUUUAACCAUUUUAGAUGAUUCUGAGCCCGAAGAUGAUGAAAGCAUCAUUGUUCGUUUGGUGCACACUGAAGGUGGAAGCAGGAUUUUGCCCAGCUCUGACACAAUUACAGUGAACAUUCUGGCCAAUGACAACGUGGCAGGCAUUGUUAGCUUUCAGACAGCUUCCAGGUCUGUCAUAGGGCAUGAAGGAGAAAUGUUGCAAUUCCAUGUGAUAAGAACACCUCCUGGUCGAGGAAAUGUUACUGUUGACUGGAAAAUUAUUGGACAAAAUAUAGAACUCAAUUUUGCUAACUUUACUGGACAACUCUUCUUUCCUGAGGGAAUAUUGAAUAAGACAAUAUUUGUCCAUUUGUUGGAUGACAACAUUCCUGAAGAGAAAGAAAUAUAUCAAAUUAUUCUGUUUGAUGUCAGGACACAAGGAGUUCCCCCAGCAGGGAUUGCUCUGCUUGAUACUCAAGGAUAUGCUGCUGUCUUGACGGUAGAAGCCAGUGAUGAACCCCAUGGAGUUUUAAAUUUUGCUCCUUCAUCAAGAUUUGUUUUACUACAGGAGGCUAAUGUAACAAUCCAGCUUUUCGUCAACAGAGAGUUUGGGUCUCUAGGAACUGUCAAUGUCACAUAUGCCACUGUUCCUGGGAUGCUGAGUUUGAAGAACCAAACAGAAGGAAACCUUGCAGAGCCAGAAGUUGAUUUUGUCCCUGUAGUUGGCUUUCUGGUUUUAGAAGAAGGAGAAACAACAAAAGCCAUCAACAUUACUAUACUUGAGGAUGAUAUAUCCGAGCUAGAAGAAUAUUUCCUGGUGAAUUUAACUUGUGUUGAACUUAUUAUGACUCCUUUAACAUCAUUUCCUCCCAGACUAGACUCAGAGGGUUUGACUGCUCAAAUUAUUAUUGACGCUAACGAUGGCGCCCGAGGCAUCAUCGAAUGGCAGCAUAGCAGGUUUGAAGUCAGUGAAACCUAUGGAAGUCUAACCCUGGUAGCCCAGAGGGGCAGAGGGGCUUCUGGCCAAGUCUCCUUGUUCGUAUAUGCCCAGAAUUUAGAAGCUCAACUGGGGUUGGAUUACAUCUUUACUCCAAUGAUUCUUCACUUUGCUGAUAGAGAAAGGUCUAAAACAGUUGACAUUUUGAUUCUUGAUGAUGGCAUUCCAGAGGGAGAUGAAAAGUUUCAGUUGAUAUUAACAAAUCCUUCUCCUGGACUAGAGCUGGGAGAGAAUACAAUAGCUUUAAUCACUAUUCUUGCUAAUGACGAUGGCCCUGGAGUUGUGUCCUUUAACAACAGUGAGCACUUUUUCCUGAGAGAACCAGUAGCUGUCCACGUGCAGGAAAGUGUUGCAGUACUGUACAUUGUCCGGGAACCUGCCCAAGGACUGUUUGGAACUGUGACAGUUCAGUUCAUGGUGACAGAUGUCAAUUCUUCAGUAGAGUCAAAAGAUUUGACUCCUUCCAGAGGUUUUAUUGUUUUAGAGGAAGGUGUUCGAUUCAAGACCCUACACAUAUCUGCCAUAUUAGACACGGAACCAGAAAUGGAUGAACAUUUUGUCUGCACCUUGUUUAAUCCAACUGGAGGUGCUAAAUUAGGGACACGUGUUCAAACGCUGAUCACAGUUUUACAAAACCAGGCCCCAUUAGGCUUAUUCAGCAUCUUGGCCGUUGGAAAUAGAGCAAGCUCUAUAGAUGUCGAAGAAUCCAACAGGACCGUAUACCUAAAUGUGUCACGUGCCAAUGGCAUUGAUUUAGCUGUGAGUGUGCAGUGGGAAACAAUACCUGAGACAGCCUUUGGAACAAGAGGAAUGGAUUCUGUCUUUUCCACAUUUCAAAGUUUUUUGAACAAGUCAUCUUCUGGCUGGUGUUUCUUUACGUUAGAAGAUUUGACAUAUGGAAUAAUGUUACGAAAAUCAUCGCUGACUGUUUACCGAUGGCAAGGAAUUUUUAUUCCAGUUGUGGAUUUAAAUAUAGAAAAUCCUGAAAGCUGUGAGGCCUUUAUCAUUGGCCUUUCCCCCUACAUAGUGGUUACUCAUGAAGAAAGAAAUGGAGAAAGACCUUCUGCUAGCAGUGUAUAUGCAUUCACCGCUGAAUUGAAGUUAUUUCUGGUACAAACCAUCAUUAUUCCACGGAGCUCUCAAGUGAGACAUUUUACCUCAGACACUCAAGAUUACCUAAUUAUUGCAAGCCCAAAAGACGACUCUGAAUUUACUCAGGUCUUCAAAUGGAAUGGAAGAAACUUUACCUUUCAUGAAACACUCCCUGUCCGAGGUGUGCUGACCAUGUCUUUGUUCAGCAGAAGUGGCUUGGUGUUCUUAGCCGUCACCCCAGCGAAUGCUCGUCUAAAUGCCUCAUUAUUUAGGUGGUCUGGAAGUGGGUUUGUUAACUUCCAAGAGGUGUCCAUCAAAGGGACAGCACAAGUUGAGGCUUUGUCUUCUGGUGAUGAUGUUUACUUGGUUUUUACAAAAAAUAUCCUUGAAGGAUAUCAGAACUUAGUUGAUAUUUUCAUCUGGGAGAUGGGACAAUCUUCGUUCAGACAUUUUCAGUUCUUGGAUUUUUCUCCUGUUGAAAGAAUCCAUUCCUUUAUACCAGCCUCAGGAAUAGCCCACAUACUUUUAAUGGGCCAAGAAGGGUCUGCCCUUUACCGCUGGAAUUCAGAGUUGAAUCAAUUCACUUUUGUUCUGGAAGUGCCCUCUGCCCAUGAUGCAGCUUCAGUUGUAGUAAAGUCUAUUAAUUCAAGCAAGAAUUUAAUUGCUAUGGCAGGAGCUGUGCACUCUCAUGUAUAUGAACUGGCCUAUAUUUCCAGUCAGUCUGACUUUAUUCCCAGUUCAGGUGAACUGAUAUUUGAACCUGGUGACAAAGAAGCUACCAUAGCAGUAAAUAUCCUCGAUGAUGUAAUUCCAGAAGAAGAAGAAUCCUUCAGAGUUCAGCUUAAAAAUCCCAAGGGAGGAGCAGAGAUUGGCAUUCAUAGUUAUGUGACAAUAACUAUCCUGUCUAAUGAUGAUGCUUAUGGAGUUGUUGCAUUUGCUCAGAACUCGUUAUAUAAGCAAGUGGAAGAAUUGGAACAAGAUAGCUUAGUAACCUUGAAUAUUGAACGCUUAAAAGGAACUUAUGGUCGUAUAACUGUAGCAUGGGAAGCUGAUGGAAGUAUUAAUGAUAUAUUUCCCACCUCAGGAGUGAUUUCAUUUACUGAAGGACAGAUGCUGUCCACGGUCACUCUGACUGUUCUUGCUGACGAUUUGCCAGAGUUAUCAGAAGUCGUGACAGUAACGCUCACAGAUGUGACCACAGAAGGGGUUGAGGACCAGUCAAAAGGUGCUACGAUUGAUCAGAAAAGAAAGAAGUCUGUGAUAACAACUCUUCCCAAUGACUCCCCCCACGGUGUGGUGGGCUGGCAUGCUAACUCACUGUUCACUAGAGUGACAGAGCCUAUAGAGAACAUCACUGUGCUUCAGUUACGAGUUGCUCGAGAUAGAGGUCUCCAAGGGGAUAUUGCUAUUCACCUGAUGGCUACACCCAAUUUCUUACUGCAUACCAAUCAUCAAGCUACUGAGAAUGAGGAUUAUGUAUUGCAAGAAACCAUAAUAAUAAUGAAAGAAAAUAUGAAAGAAACUCAUGCCAAAGUUGCCAUUUUGCCAGAUGAUACUCCCGAGUUGGAGGAAGGCUUUAUCGUCAUUAUAACUGAUGUGAACCUGGUGAACUCCGACCUCUCUGCAGAGCAGCCUCGAGUGCAGAAGCCUCGCAUGGAAAUAGCUGAGAUACUGAUUGAAGAAAAUGAUGAUCCCAGAGGAAUUUUAAAGUUCCAUGUUAACAGAGAUAUUGAUGGUGUUAUCACUGCCUAUGAAGAGCCUCCUCCCUUCAAUGUUCUUCGGGUUCCUGUGGUCCGGCUGGCAGGAAGCUAUGGGUCACUAAAUGUUUACUGGGAAGCAACACCAGACAGUGCCAGUCUGGAAGAUUUUAAGCCAUCUCAUGGGACUCUUGAAUUUGCAGAAGGCCAAGUUACUGCCAUGAUAGAAAUCACCAUAGUUGAUGAUGCUGAAUUUGAACUCAGGGAGCUCUUCAGUAUCUCGUUAACCAGUGUGGCUGGAGGCGGCAGACUUGGUGAAGAUAUUGUGGUUACGGUUGCUAUUCCCCAGAAUGACUCUCCAUUUGGAAUAUUUGGAUUUGAAGAAAAGACUGUAAUGAUUGAUGAGUCCCUUUGGUCUGAUGAUCCUGACUCUUAUGUGACGCUCACUGUUGUUCGGUCUCCUGGAGGAAAAGGAGCUGUGCGACUGCGCUGGAUUGUGGAUGAGAAGGCCAAGGACGACCUCCAUCCUUUGAAUGGGACCCUUGAUUUUGAUGAGGCUGAGUCUCAGAAGACCAUUGUGUUACAUACCCUUCAAGACGCCUCAUUCGAGGAGGACCGGCGUUUCACUAUCCAGCUCGUCUCAGUCAAUGAGGUAGAAAUAUCGCCAAUAAAAGGUAGUGCAUCAAUCAUCAUCCGAAGUGAUAAAGGAGCAUCAGGAGAAGUUGGCAUAGCUCCAUCAUCUAGGCACAUCUUGAUUGGAGAACCCUCAGCCAAAUAUAAUGGGACUGCUUACAUCAGCCUUGUUCGUGGCCCUGGUUCUCUGGGGGAGGUCACAGUAUUCUGGAAAAUAUUCCCUCCGACUGUCGGAGACUUUCUUGAAACAGCAGGAAAACUGACCCUGCAGGAUGGGCAGUCUGUGGCCACUGUAGCAAUACAGACUUUGGAUGAUGACAUUCCAGAGGAGAAGCAUUCCUAUGAGUUUCGGCUCAUGGCGAGUGAAGGAGCUGAGCUGAGUGUCACCAGCCAUUCUGCCAACAUCACCAUGGUGGCCAGUGACUCCCCAUAUGGCCAGUUUGCAUUUGCACAAGAGCAACUACAAGUGUCAGAGGAAACACAGGAGGUCAACAUCACUAUUGUCCGCUCGGCUGGACACUUUGGCCUGGUGGUGCUCACAUAUGAGACUGUGAGCAGGACAGCAGAGGCAGGCUUGGAUUUCAUGCCCAUGUCAGGAGAGCUUGUCUUUGAGGCUAGGGAGGUGGCAAAAAGUCUGCGUGUUGCAAUCCUUGAUGAUGACCAACCUGAAGGCCCGGAGGACUUUUCUCUCACAAUUACAAAGGUGGAUCUCCAGGGAAGUGGAUAUGAUUUUACCAUUCAAGAAAAUGGACUUCAGCUAGAUCAACCUCCUGAACUAGGAACCAUCUCCACUGUUCAAAUCAUCAUCCUACAAAAUGAUAAUGUGGAGGGCAUCAUUGAAUUUGACCCAAAGUAUACUGCCUUUGAAGUGGAGGAAGAUGUGGGGAUGGUUGCCAUCCCGGUGCGGAGGCUGCAUGGAACUUACGGCCGAGUGACAGCUGACUUCAUCUCUCAGAGUGCGUCUGCUCUUCCUGGAGGAGUGGAUUACACAUUGCAUGGCAGCUCCGCUACCUUCCAACAUGGGCAGAACUUAAGUUUUAUACAUGUCUCCAUCACUGAUGACGAUGAGAGUGAAUUUGAAGAAUCAAUUGAAAUUCUCCUCACUGGGGCUACUGGUGGAGCGGUCCUCGGGCGCCACCUUGUGAGCAAAAUAACCAUUGCUGAGAGUGACUCUUCGUUUGGCAUUGUUCGGUUUCUCAAUCAAAGCAAAAUCUCGAUUCCUAACUCCAAUUCCACGAUGAUUUUAUCCUUGAUGCUGGAGAGGACUGCAGGACUCUUGGGAAAUAUCCAGGUGAACUGGGAGAUAGUAGGACCCGAUUCUGAAGAAGGUUUACUGCUCCAGAGCAGUGACUUUGCAGAGCCAGUGAACGGCACCUUUUAUUUUGAAGAGGGAGAAGGUGGAGUAAGAACCAUAAUCCUGACUGUCUAUCCUCAUGAUGAAAUUGAAGUUGAAAAGACUUUCACAAUUCAACUUACAGUUGUGAAAGGAAAAGCUACAUUGGACUCCAGAGCUAAAGAUGUUACAUUAACAAUACAAAAGUUUGGUGACCCCAAUGGAAUUGUGCAUUUUGCUCCCGUGUCUUUAUCUAAGAAGAUCUACACAGAGCCGCUGGCAGCAGAAGGACCCCUUGUCAUCACAUUAUUUGUCAAAAGAGUCAAAGGCACCUUGGGUGAGAUUAAGAUUUACUGGGAAUUAAGUAGUGACUUUGACAUCACUGGAGACUUUUUAUCCACAAAUGGGUUUUUCACCAUGGCUGAUGGAGAGAGCGAAGCAAGCUUUGAUGUUUACUUGUUGCCAGACGACACCCCUGAGAUCGAGGAAACCUGUGUGGUCCAGCUUGUUUCUGUGGAGGGAGGAGGGAAACUGGAUCAGGAGAAAUGUAUCACGUGGUUCUCUGUGUCUGCAAAUGAUGACCCGCAUGGUGUAUUUGCUCUGCGUCCAAAUCACCAAUCCAUUCUCAUUGGGAAGAACUUUAUCAGAUCCAUCCAAAUCAAUGUAACCAGGCUUGCUGGAACAUUCGGAGAUGUAGCAGUUAUAUUUCAAAUAUCAUCCGAUGAUAAAGAAGAAGUAAUCGCCCCUGAAAAUAUGGAGGGGCAGUUGGUGGUCAGAGAUGGUACCAGAUACAAAGUGGACACAGUGCCCAUCAAGAGUCAGAUCUUCCUCUCACUGGGCUCUAAUUUCACCUUGCAUCUGGAAGCGGUGAUGCUGGUGAGUGGACGUGUCUAUGGCAUGCCAACAAUUCUCCAGGAAGCAAAGUCAGCUGGCCUUCCCAUCCCAGAGGAAGCUGCCAACUCCCAGGUUGGAUUUGAAUUCACUGCUUUUCCACUCAUGGACAUUGCUACUGGCACAAGCCAAGUGACACUUUCUAGGAGAGGCACAUAUGGCCCUCUCUCAGUGGCCUGGACUGCUGGAUAUGCCCCUGGGGUAGAAAUCCCUGAACUUGUUGUUGUUGGCAACAUGACCCCAGUGCUGGGGAGCCUUUCAUUUUCCCAUGGUGAACGAAGCAAGGGAGUUGUGCUGAGGACAUUUCCCCAGCCUGGUCGUCCAGAGGCCUUUGUCCUUCACCUGUCAGGAGUGCAGAGCCGAGUUCCAGGUGGAGCUCAACUUCGAUCAGGCUUCACUACUGUUGAAAUUGAACCAAUGGGAAUCUUCCAGUUUUCCCCUAGUUCAAGGAGCAUCACAGUGUCAGAGGACACGCAGAUUAUCAGAUUACAUGUGCAGAGACUGUUCGGUUUCCACAGUGAUCUUAUUAAAGUUUACUAUGAGACAAAGGCUGGAAGUGCCAAGCCACUGGAAGACUUUGAGCCGGUUCAGAAGGGGGAAGUGUUUUUCCAAAAGUUCCAACCUGAGGUUGAUUUUGAAAUAACCAUCAUCAAUGAUCAGAUUCCUGAGACAGAAGAAGAGUUUUACGUUAAUCUUACUUCAGUAGAAAUUACAGGAUUACGAAAGUUUGGUGUUAAUUGGAGACCACGCCUGAAUCUCAACCUCAGUGUUGCAGUGAUUACAAUAUUGGACAAUGAUGACAUCAUGGGAACAGAUAUUUCCAUGCCUACAGCAGCAGCCAACCCUACCACGCUGACUCCUGUAGAAACUGGCUCCCUCACAUAUCCUGGCACAGACAGGGUAACUGCCAUUCAACAUACCACAGAGGUGGUUGUCAUUGUUACUGAGGCAAUCAGUGAAUCUAUCACCCCUGAGAAAUUUGUCACCCUUCCUGGUCCAUCAGCCAUGCCUGAGAAGCCCGAUGCAACUAUUGGAAUGGAGAAUGCAUUUGAUGCUUUCAUGCAUGGGACUUUUAGCCUAACCCCCCCUAUUGUUUAUGUGGAUGAGGAGAUGAAGAAUGGCACAUUCAGUGCUGCAGAAGUUCUGAUCCAAAGGGCCGGUGGGUUUACUGGCAAUGUCAGCAUCACGGUUAAAACUUUUGGCAAAAGAUGCGCUGGGGAGGAUCCCAACGUAUUGCCUUUUCAGGAUGUCUAUGGAGUCGCCAACCUAACAUGGGCGGUUGAAGAGGAAGACUUUGAAGAACAAGCACUUAGCUUUACAUUUCUAGAUGGAGAAAGAGAACAUACAGUGUCCGUUCCCAUUCUGGAUGAUGACGAGCCUGAGGGGCAGGAAUUCUUCUACGUGUUUCUCACAGACCCUCAAGGGGGAGCGCAGGUUGCAAAGGGAAAGGAUGAUGCUGGGUUUGGAGCUUUUUCCAUGGUUAUUAUUUCAGGGAGUGAUCUUCACAAUGGCAUCCUGGGCUUCAGUGAGGAAUCCCAGAGGGGCCUGGAACUGGGGGAAGGAGCUGAAAGAACACAACAUCUUGUUGUCACAAGGCAGCCAAACAGGGCAUAUGAAGACGUCCAGGUCUUUUGGAGAGUCACAUUUAACAAAACAGCCAUCAUUCUCCAGAAAGAAGAGGCAAACCUAAUGGAUGAACUUUUGUUUGUGUCAGGAACCACAACCUGUAUCAUGGGUCAAACACAAUGCCUUAUCACGCUUGAGCUCAAACCAGAGAAGAUACCCCAAGGUGAAAUGGAUUUUUUUGUUGAGCUAUAUGAAGUAACUUCUGGAGCAGCAAUAAACAACAGUGCUAGAUUUGCUCAGAUUAAAGUUUUACAGCAUGAUGAACCUGGAAGCCUCAUGUAUUUUUCUGUGGGUUCUCGGCUGGCCGUGGCUCAGAGGAAUGCUACUUUGAUCAGCUUGCAGGUGUCCAGAGAUUCUGGGACACGGUCAAUGAUGUCUGUGAGCUUUAGUACCCAGGAGUUGAGGAGUGCUGAAACCAUUGGUCGUACUCUCUUAUCUCCAGCUGUUCCUGGGAAAGAUUUUGUGAAAACCGAAGGCACACUAGUCUUUGAACCUGGCCAGAGAAAUGUCAUGUUGGAUGUCAUCUUAACACCAGGCACAUCAUCUUUAAGUCCAUUUCCUAAACGCUUUCAGAUUGUGCUCUUUGACCCAAAAGGUGGUGCUAGAAUUGAUCAUGCCUACGGGUUGGCCAAUAUCACCCUUGUCUCAGAUGCAGAUUCACAGGCCAUGUGGGAGCUAGAGGACCAGCUCCACCAGCCCCUGGAUGAAAUCAUUCUUAACAGGGUGCUUCACGACAUCAGCCUGAUAGUGGCCACAGAGAGCACGGAUGAACAGCUCAGUGCUGUCUUGCAUUUGAUAGAAAAGAUAUCUGUUGAGGGAAAAUCUCAAGCUUUCAGUAUGGAAAUCCGAACUCUUUUCUAUGACAUUCUUUGUGCUCUUGUUAACCCAAAGCGCAAGGACACUCGGGGAUUCAGCCACUUUGCUGAUGUGACUGAGAGUUUUGCCUUUUCUCUGCUGACAGAUGUUACCUGUGGCUCUCCUGGGGAAAAAAGCAAAACCAUCCUUAACAGUUGUCCCUAUUUGUCAAUACUGGCGCUUCACUGGUAUCCUCAGCAAAUUAAUGGGCACAAGUUUGAAGGAAAGGAAGGUGAUUACAUUCGGCUUCCAGAAAGGUUAUUGGAUGUGGCAGAUACAGAUAUAAUGGCCGGGAAAAGUACAUGUAAAUUCAUCCAGUUUAUGGAAUACAGCAGCCAGCAGUGGUUUGUAACUGAAAACAACCUUCCUGCUCUGAAAAAUAAGGUGCUCUCUGUGAAUGUGAAAGGUCAGAGUUCACCACUCCUGUCUAACAACAAUGAGGUUCGGUAUAGGAUUUAUGCUGCUGAGCAGAGGCUUAUUCCUGAGACGGCUCUCUGCCUCCUUUGGAAUAGGGCUGCUGCAAGCUGGUUGUCUGACAGUCAGCUUUGCAGAGUGGUGGAGGAUGCUUCCGACCAUGUGGAAUGUGCCUGUUCUCACAUGUCCCUGUAUGCCGUCUACUCCCAGACUGACAACUUGUCUUCGUACAAUGAAGCCUUUUUCUCCUCUGGAUUUAUAUGCAUCUCAGGUCUUUGCUUGGCUGUUCUUUCCCACGUCUUCUGUGCCAGGUGCUCCAUGUUUGCAGCUAAGCUUCUGACUCACAUGAUGGCGGCCAGCUUGGGUACACAGAUUGUGUUCCUGGCAUCUGCAUAUGCAAGUCCCCAACUCACCGAGGAGAGCUGCGCAGCCAUGGCUGCUGUCACACAUUACCUGUAUCUUUGCCAGUUCAGCUGGAUGCUCAUUCAGUCUGUGAAUUUCUGGUAUGUGCUGGUGAUGAAUGAUGAGCACACAGAGAGGCGAUAUCUGCUGUUUUUCCUUUUGAGUUGGGGACUGCCAUCUCUUGUGGUGAUUCUCCUUAUCAUUAUAUUGAGAGGAAUCUAUCAUCAAAACAUGCCACAGAUCUACGGACUUGUUCAUGGUGACCUGUGCUUCAUCCCAAACACCUAUGCAGCUCUGUUCACCGCGGCUCUGGUCCCUUUAAUGUGCCUGGUGGUGGUGUUUGUGGUAUUCAUCCACGCCUACCAACUGAAGCCCCAGUGGAAAGCAUACGAUGACAUCUUCAGAGGAAGAACCAACGCUGCAGAAAUUCCACUGAUUCUCUACCUCUUUGCCCUGAUUUCUAUGACGUGGCUUUGGGGAGGACUGCACAUGGCCUACAGACAUUUCUGGAUGUUGGUUCUCUUUGUCAUUUUCAACAGUCUGCAGGGACUUUAUGUCUUUGUGGUUUAUUUUAUUUUACACAACCAAAUGUGCUGCCCUAUGAAGGCCAGCUACACCGUGGAAAUGAAUGGUCACCCGGGACCCAGCACAGCCUUCUUCACCCCUGGCAGUGGAAUGCCUCCUACUGGGGAAGAAAUCAACAAGUCCACGCAGAAUCUCAUCAGUGCUAUGGAAGAGGUGCCACCUGACUGGGAGAGAGCAUCCUUCCAACAAGCCAGUCAGGCCAGCCCUGACUUGAAGACAAGUCCUCAAAAUGGUGCCUCAUUCCCUUCCUCUGGAGCAUAUGGCCAGGGGUCACUAAUUGCUGAUGAAGAAUCCCAGGAGUUUGAUGACUUGAUAUUUGCAUUAAAAACUGGUGCUGGUCUCAGUGUCAGUGACAAUGAAUCUGGUCAAGGCAGCCAGGAGGGAGGAACGUUGACUGACUCACAGAUUGUGGAACUCAGAAGGAUACCCAUCGCUGAUACCCACCUCUGACAGCCUCACUAAUCUUUAGAAUCACAGCCUCACUAAUAUUUACAACAGGAUAGCUUCACAUUUGUCCUGGAUUUUGUACCCUAUUAGUAUCUACAGCCAUGUACUGGGAAUCUGUGUACUGUACUGAAUGAUUAGCAUGAACGUGACUGCUCUAUUUGGAAUAAAAAUUACUUACUUAUAUAUAUAUGCAACGGUUAUCGUGAAAGACUGGAUCCAUUUACGAAUGACUAGGAUGCACCUAUUCUAAUAAUAUUAGUGGCUGUUCAAUCAUCCUAUUUAGCUAACAUUGUUUAA